AUGUACGAUUGUCGCGACAAAGUUGUUUUAGUGACCGGGGCCGCUGCGGGUAUCGGUGCUGGGUUGGUUAAGGCAUUUCUAGACGAAGGUGCUUCUCAUGUAGCUGCAUUGGAUAUUGAUAUAAAAAACGGUAAAGUUUUAGAAAAGGAACUAAACGAUAAAUAUGGAGACAACAAAGUUAAGUUUCAUCGAUGUGACAUCACUACAAAUGACUUAGAUGCGGUUUACGACAGUGUAGUCAAAGAAUUUGGUUACAUUGACGUUGUGGUCAACUGUGCUGGUAUUAUGAACGAUAAACCUGAUAUGUAUUUGAAAGAAAUAGAAAUAAAUGUAUCAGCUCUGAUUAAAAGUUCUUUAAAUGCGUACGAUCUUAUGCGCAAAGACCGCGAAGGAAAAGGCGGCACUAUCAUCAACAUAUCAUCUAUAGUAGGUCUGUACCAAUCAAGGUUAUUGCCGGUGUACAGCGCUACAAAAAGCGCUGUACUGCAGUUCAGCAACUGUCUUGGGAUGGAACCUCAUUACAGCAGGUCAGGUGUCAGGGUACUAACUUUAUGUUUUGGUUGUACCGACACUUCCUUAUUUGACUCUUCCAAAAUGGGAACUAUUGAUAAAGAAUCACAUGAACAAAUGAUGGGUAGUUUAUCUAAGUUACCUUUCCAAAAGACUGAAUCAGCUGUCGAAGGUCUUAUCCAUGCGUUCAAACAUGGCGCUAGUGCAUCUACGUGGCUUGUGACUUCAGGUAGACCAGCUGAAGAUAUUACUGAGAAUGUUAGAAAAGCCUACCAGAUUAUGAGUCAAGGCGUUUUUAGUUAA